AUGGAUCACUCUUUAUCUCAACACACUCCUUUACAGUGGGGAUACUCCGCCGGUAACAGUGCGGCUUCGUCUUGGCAGCCUGUCUCAAGAGGUGCCAAAAGGCCUCUGUCCGAAAGUGACUGUGAUGAUGUUUACUCCGAAGAAUCCUCAAAAGAACAGUGCACGAGUCCAGGUGAUGCUGACAGUUGUCAAAUGUUAUCCAGGAAAAAGCGAAGAGGAGUGAUAGAGAAAAAGCGAAGAGACAGAAUUAAUAUGUCUUUAAGCGAGUUGAAAAGAUUAGUGCCUAGUGCUUUUGAAAAGCAAGGAUCUGCCAAGCUAGAAAAAGCGGAGAUUUUGCAGAUGACAGUGGACCAUUUAAAGAUGCUGCAUGCGAAAGGUUUGGAUUCCUUUGCCUACGACCCCCACAAAUAUGCGAUGGACUACCAUGGGAUGGGCUUUCGGGAAUGCGUAGCAGAAGUGGCUCGAUAUUUAGAACGAAUUGAAGGCCUAGAUGUACAAAAUCCUUUGCGGCUAAGGCUCACAUCGCACCUUCAAUGUUGUGCGGCUCAAAGAGAGUUAGCAUCUAAACAAACUACCUCAGCUCCGUGGGGUUAUCCAGCCUCGCAACCACCUUACCCCCCAUUAAACACCUUACCACCUUCUCCUGCAUCGAACAACGGUCCACUGUCAAAUAUAAACCAUCACCAAGUACCUCCUCCACCGCCUCCUCAAAACCUACAUCAUGACUUGGGACACUUUGAUGUAUCGACGUCUUGUGCUCAGACGACGGUGCCUGUAGCCACUUCGGACAGCAAUAGACUCCCACCAUCAACGUCAAUCCUUACACCUUUAACUACCACAACACCUUCUGCUCUAGCAUAUAGUCCUCACCAAUACCCUCCCAAUGCCUUUAGUAUUCCUACGUCCAGUCAUCACCAAAAUUAUAGCCAAAGUAUUCCCACGCCACAGGGAAUGAAGCCGUACCGACCUUGGGGUGCUGAAGUUGCCUAUUGA